AAGGUAAACAUGAAAUUACUGCGAUAGUUAAUUAAAAAAACAAAAGAUUCUAAAGUGUAGGCUACUAACUGCGGUCUUUUAACCAAGUUGUCAAAACACAGUAUAAUGGAAGGUGUACAACUAAUAAUUGCUGUUGGAGUGAUAAGUACAGCACAUAUUGUCUUUGCAAGCUCCCCAAAUCGUCUGUGGCCACUUGACAACAGUACAUAUACAACCGAAGUUCAGGCACCCUCGACAGACCCUGUAGAUACUGGUCAGUGUGGACGAAUAUUUGGAGGUCAACCCCCAGAUUAUCCUAACCCAGUUGUCGAACUUGAUGGACUGACUCCUGUUGACUUGGUAGUUGAUGCGACUGUUGAUUCCGACAAAGAUUAUUCAUUUUCGAUGAUGGUGAGACCAACCGUUGACACUGGAGCAUUGUUGCACUAUAAACCAAACGAUUCAACACAGCAAUUAAGAGAACUUGCUUUAUAUAUCUCUGGAGGAUAUAUUCACAUGGAAAGAAUUCUUAAUACCAAAUCUGAAAUAUCACCACCAUCAACACAGCAGAUUCCACCAAAUGCUUGGCAUUUUAUAACUUUCGGAAUAGACAUAAGCAAUGGUAAAAUGAUCAUCAAUUUCAAUGGAGAAAAAAUAGAACAUAAUAACAAUUAUCUUGACAAUGUUGACUUUGUUAUUCCUGGCAUUUUGCGUGUUGGUGGUAUGUUUGAUCAACAAAAACCUAAUUUACAAGGCAGAGUUGCAUGUGUUGGAUUUUACAGUAAUGUAAAAAAACCAUCGCAAAGUGAUUCAGAACCAUCUUGCAAGGCUGGGAGUUGGGUAAAUAACAUUCCCGACUGUUCAACACCACUGGCAGUACAAAGAACUGAAACAGAAGCUGGUUAUUUUAUGAUGGAAACAAAUAUUCAACUCAGUACUUUAAAUAUGAUAUCAACAAAUCCGAAAUGUACCAAGCUUCGUUGCGCUGUAUCAUGUCUGAGACACCAAAGCUGCUGGUAUUAUAGGUACGCGCCAUCAGCGUCAGGAUGUUCACAGUGUACACUGUAUGAUAGUAGUAUAACUUCUUGGAAGGGAACAGGUGCAGGAGACAAUUACUUGUUUAAAUGGAAAUAGAAAUAAUACAUGGUUUUACACCAAACUAAAUGCAUAUGUUACAAGCCUUAAAUGUUAUUGUUUUUAAGACCGAAGCUACAUUUUCUCAUAUUUUUCUGUUUAUAUCUGAAAAUGGUUAAAAUGGAAGACAAAAAAGACCUUCAUAAUGGCGAGAUAUCUGACAUUUUUUUCGCUACAGUGACAAUGCUGUAUCGAUAAGACGACUACAAUUAUGAGAGUCAUUCCUAAAGAACGAAAUCUUUUCAAAUUGUUCAUAGCCAGUCAGUCUUAAUUUAAGUAACUGAAAUAUGCUAUAUUUUUUGACAAGGUCUUAACAGCAAGCAUAAACAUUUUAUUCCACUUAAUUUGGACAACGCACUUUUAAAUUAGAUUUUGAUAUUUUUUUAAGCUGAUGUUCGUUGAUGUGUCGGAUGUUAAUAAAACAAUUUCAGUAUUGUAUACAAAAAGCUGCCACCAUCAGUUCAAGAUUUGAUUGUCGUAAAUAAAGAUUCACCAUGGAAGACCUAAAAUACAACUCUACAACUCUAUUAUUUUAAACAUUUUUUACAUCCAUUUUUUAUGGUAAUAUUCUAUACAAAGCACAAAAAAUUUCGUCAUUCACCUUAAAAGCUAACCAAACCUUUAAACAGACUUAUUUAGAAAGGAUAUAGUUACGAUACUGUUGUCAGGUCAUCAAAGAUGGCAUAUUUUGGAAUUAAUAUUGAUUCGCUCAUAGGAUUUUGCAUCGGAAAUAAACACAUUUAUUCUAAAGCCAGUUGUUGGCAUGAAACGGGUUAUGUUAUUCUCAUAUAUUUUAUAAUGGUAUGAUACUAAACCCCUAACAGGAGGGAUUGUGCUUGAUUUUCAUAUGAUGAAGACAUGAUCUUUCAAUCAGUUUAAUUGAAGUCUGAACUCGCAUGACAGUAACUGCUAGUAGUCCUUUGUUAAUUUAUGUACCAUUGUCAUUUUGCUUAGUUUAUUCUGUUACCUAUUCUGACCUCGGACUCGGACUUCUUUUGAGCUGGAUUUUACUGUGCGUAUUGCCGUGUGUUCGAUUAUUCUUCAUUGGCUAGGGGUAUAGGGGAGGGUUGAGAUCUCACAAAACAUGUUUAAUACCGCCGCAUUUUUGCGCCUGUCUCAAGUCAGAAGCCUCUGGCCUUUGUUAGUCUUGUAUGCUUUUUUUAUAUUUAGUUCAUUUCUAUGUUUUGGGAUUUAGCGUGACGUCUAUUUUCAC